UUUUAUUCAUUUUUUCAUUCCAGUAUCAUUUUGUAUCGCCAGUUUGUCGUCGAACUUCAAAUGGGGUGCUAUGGAACAAAUAGAUAAUAGCACGUUUCAUGUGUUUUUGAAUGAAAGUAGCGUGAAUGACUCUGAUAUUUUCCAAGAACCGGGCCCGAUUUUGGAAGAUUGGGUUAUAAAUUUGUAUUUUGGGUUCAUUUGUUUGGGAUGCAUAGCCGACUUGUUUUAUAUUUUGGCGCUGAUGCGAUGCAAAAGAAAUGGUACCCUAUCACUAGUUUUGCAAAUUUCCACAAUAGACGCUUUCACUCCAUUCGUAGCAGCCACCGAAAUACUAACUACCAAUAAUAAGACAUGGAUAUUUUCACAGGACUUAUGUCCUUUAUACAACGGAACAGAGAUUCUUAUAAACUCCUUGACUUUAUGGUUGAUAAUUUGUUUUAAUUUUCACGUAAUUUCUUUAUGGAAUAUGUACAGACAUGACUCCAUAAAAAAGAAUAAGAAUCCUUUGACAUCCUGUGGAGAUGAUUCUGAUGAAUGUUUGGUUACUAAACGAGAAAACGCAAAUAGAGUUCUCAAUAUCGAUUACCGCAGGAGAAAAAAUGAUGUAUCUGUCAUAAUACCCACUAUAAUGGUUUGGUUUUUCUGUGUGUCUCUCAGUAUACCAAACUUUACACUAUCAUCCACACUCAGAAUGAAACGGAAGUACACAAUUUGUGCAAUAAUUGAUAACUUUUACGGACACAUAUUACAGGUUUUGUUACUUGUUUUCAGAGUGCUGUUACCAAUCCCUUUAUUGUUAUUCUCAUUAAUUAUUUCUGCCAUAAAGUUAACGAGAACCUCAUUAAAAGACAUUGAUACUAUUUUAACUAGUGAUUUUGUGAAAAUACGGGGUCUGUUGAUAUUUUGUAUUGCUUUAUCAAUUCUCUAUCUCACGACUUCGUUUCAAAGAAAUGUGUUUCACUUCAUGCACAUAAAUUCUCAUAGUUUCAGUGAUAAUACAUCUGAAAUAUUCAAAGUUCCACCACUUUAUAAUAAUCAGUUAAGUACAUCUAAUAAUAUAAGUCUAACAAUGUUACAUUAUAGUUGUAAUACCUUCAGAGCUUUAUUAUGUUUCUUCCUGUUACCAAAGUUUAGAGAUUUAGUGAAAAGUAAGAUUUUUGUUUGUUGUAAAACUGAAAAUUAAAUAACUGUGACUUGAUGUACGAUAUUUACGUAGUUCAUAAAAAUAUAUUGUUUUGUUAAUAUUGUUUGGCAAGAAAGGUUGAUAAAUAGGCGAGUUCCACAAUGUUGUGAACACUGAAUUGAUGUUUGUUUCAAACACAAAAAAUACAAAUAAUUUUGAUGUUUUACUAUUGGUUAUUUGAAUAGGAAAAAAUUACAGACAAGGUAUUUUUUAUUGAACUUUUAUAAUUUCUUGAAGACUGUGAGUAAAUUGUUAUCAUUAAAUAUUAUCAGUGGUUAUAUCCCGAGUGCACAAGUUUAAUCAGUUAAAAUGCACAAGUCCAUAAUUUUUUAAAUUUUGUCAAUCAAAUGAUUUGAGUGUAUAAUAAUUUGAUAAAAUACCGAGACCGUAAGUCGAGAGAUUUCAUCUCAGAUUAUUAUACACGAAAGCUUUUGCUUAACAGCAAAAUUUUAAAAAUUGUGGGAUUGCACGCAUUUUGAUCGAUUGAGCUUGGUGUACAAGGAAUAUAUGUUGAGAUUAUUUCUAGAGAAAGAAAAAAUAAAAUGAAACGUUCUUUCAAAAUCGAAAACAGAAAAUACAAUUUGAAUAUAUUUAGUUGCAUCAGAACAAAUAAUAGGAAAAAUUACAAUUUUUUGUAGAUAA